AUCCGAUAAUAUAAAACAGCUGUAUUGUAAUUUAAGCUUAUUUAAUAUUAGUAUUAGUUGAACUUGUUGAAGACCAUCAUUAGUAUUAGAGAACAAUAAUUACGAUGACGAUUUGUAUUAACCUGUCAAAAUAUAUUGUACUUAUGUAAUAAUUUUAUGAAUAUUUGUGAAUAGGUAAUUCUUGAUAAUGUUUCCAAAAAAAUCUUCUUUUCAUUUGACAUCUUUAACUAAAAGGACUAUGAGAUAUUGUUAUCACUGUGCAAGGUUUAUAUCUUCUAAUAUUAAGGAAAAACCACUUGCAAAUCAAGGUCCAUGGAGUUUGUACUCAGAAAAAGUAAAUAAUGGUGUCCUGAGUAAAGACUCUCAUCAGGAAAUGGUAGUGCAACAUUUACAAGAAAUAUUUCAAGAAGUAUCAGUUUUUCGCAGGCCUGUUAUACAACCAAAAAUAGGGGAAUCCUUUUUUAGUAUGUUUAGAAAAAAAGAACCCCAAAAAAUAAUUGCACCAAAAGGGCUGUAUAUUUAUGGAAGUGUUGGUGGUGGAAAAACAAUGUUAAUGGAUCUAUUUUAUGAAACCGUUCCUAUAAAAGAAAAACUAAGAGUCCAUUUUAACUCUUUUAUGUUAAAUAUACAUGCAAGAAUACAUGAACUCAAAAUCAAAUCAGGCAAAGGAGCAAGUUCUUUUAGAGAUGAAGGAUCUAAGCCAUUUGAUCCUAUUCCACCCGUAGCUGCUGAUAUUACUCAAGAGUCUUGGUUGAUAUGUUUUGAUGAAUUUCAGGUUACAGACAUUGGAGAUGCUAUGAUUUUAAAACGACUAUUUACUCAACUGUUUGAUAAUGGAUGUGUUGUUAUAGCAACUAGUAACAGGAAACCUGAUGAUCUGUAUAAAAAUGGACUGCAGAGAUCGAAUUUCUUGCCAUUUAUACCAAUUCUUAAAGAGCAUUGUAAUGUUAUACAACUAGACUCUGGUAUUGAUUAUAGAAUAAGGGGAACUGGCAAUAAGUAUGGCAAGUAUUUUAUUAACAGUGAACUUACGGAGGAUAACAAUACUGUAGAUAAUUUAUUUAAGUUCCUAGUAUCAAAAGAGACUGAUACUGUGCGGGUAAGAGUGAUCAAUAUACUGGGUAGAAAUGUCAAGUUUGCAAAAACAUGCGGACGUAUUCUGGAUUCAACCUUUGAAGAGUUAUGUGACAGACCUCUUGGUGCUAGUGAUUACCUCAUAAUAUCAAAAACGUUCCAUACAGUGUUUAUAAGAGAACUACCUCAAUUAUCAAUAGUAAAACAUAGAUCGCAAAUACGAAGAUUUAUAACACUUAUCGAUACAUUAUAUGACAAUAGAGUUAGGGUUGUCAUUGCUGCUGAUUGUGAUCCAAAGGUUCUUUUUAAUCUGGAAGAUGUAAAGGAUCAAUAUGGGGAUGCUGAUAGAGCACUAAUGGAUGAUCUAAAAAUAACGAAAGACUCGGACGAUGCCAAGGCUGCAAUAUUUACUGGUGAAGAAGAAAUGUUUGCUUGUGAUCGAUGUCUUUCGAGGAUUAUGGAAAUGCAAACAGAUGAAUAUUGGGAGAAGUGGGGUAAAGACAUAAAUUAAAUCAAGUUUAUUGUGUGUGCAAAAUUAUAACUUUAAGAAUUUUUAACACUGUAAAUCUAGUAUAAAUUCUACAUUUGUCAGUCUCGACUGUUAUUAUUUAUAAACAUGUCAGUGUUUUUUUGAAUAAUUGAGAAAAUUAACUUUUGAUGUUCAUUUUGAUGAUUCACAUACGAAAUUAUCUUUUUAUUUGGAAUUUCCAAAAUAGGUAUAUAUUAAUCAUACAACGUUAUUUAUCUAUGUUAUCGUAAAAAACCCAUUUUUUUUUUCUUUGAGUACCUACAACGUAAAAAUACAGUAUGGUAUGCAUUGAUUGCAAUUGACUUACCACAUGCGAUUUUGAAAACAAUGUAUUUACAAAUAGUUGUACCCAUGAAAGUAUUUUUUUGGGUUACCUGUAUUGUACAACAUGUAUAUAAAAGUACAUAGACAAGAAUUAUUUAAUGCAAGUGCAGACACCACCAUUGAAUUUAAGAAUAGGUAUUAUUCUUUGUAUCUCAAUACAUUUGUGUCGUGUAAUAUAGAAUAAAUAAUAUAUUUAUUAAUUUAUUAAGUACAUUACAAAUUGUGUUAUAUGUUCUUCUAGUAUUUACAUUACUGUACAGAUAGACAUACAAGAAUAGCAAAACAAGUAUGUAGUUUUUAUUAAAUUAAUGUAUGUAUUAUACAGCGUAUUUAAGUGUUUUAGACCUAGACAUUGUAACUAUUUAAUACAAUAGCACAAAUGAAAACAUAUUGAUUGUUCAGU